GUGGAAUGUCUCCAAACAGAGCUAGAAAAGUUGAGGAAAGAGAAUGAAGUUUUAAAGUUUAUGCUCAAAGUUGUGAGCAUCAAGAAUUUGGUAUCUCAAGUGGAUGUUUGUUCAAGAGAUCAUGAUCAGAAUGACGAGGGUUCCAGAUCAGAGAGAGCCGAUCUCAGAGUUAGUCCACCCACUCUCGAAACUUCGUCCACCACCCAAGCAUAUGCUACAACUAGCUUCAAAGACCAAGCUUUGAUGGUGAAGGAUGGAUAUAAAUGGAGGAAAUAUGGGCAAAAGAUUACAAAGGAUAAUCAAUCUCCUCGUGCUUAUUUCAAGUGUUCUUCUCCAGGAUGCCCCGUCAAAAAAAAGGUACAAAGAAGCUUGGAAAAUAAAUCAAUGGUGAUAGUCACAUAUGAUGGCCACCACAACCACAACCACAACCACGAAAAUGCCUCUCCUCCUCCACUUUCAGCCUCUCAACGAGGGUCUUCGUCACCACCGCUUCCGGUGGAGAGCAACCGUGUUGCUCUACCAAUGUCUCUCAAUCUUGAUCUCACUCUUUCCAGACAUGCAGAUCAAAAAAUAUAAGAAAACUUUUCAAAUUCGAAACUCAAUGAAGAGACUUGGGAUUUUUUACUUCUAAAUGAUGUGUGUAUUAACCUAAUCAUCACUCAACUAACUAUAGCAAUUAAUUGAUAUGUGUACUGAUUCCCUAAUAAUUGAAGCUUCAAAUUUUAUUCUCUAUCCAUCAGAAUACAUAGUUAAAAUAUAUAUAUAUUUUUUUUUUUUAUUUAUUUAUUUAUUAACAAACGAAAAUGUUUAAAUUGAUAUGCUGAUACUGUAUAUAUUUUUCUACUAACGUCGAUGAAGAUAUAUAUAAGAUGAAAACAUCAUCGCAUGUUAUUCUUAAUUUCUUAUCUUAUUCAAUUGUCAGUCAUAUCUAAGAUAUUUUUUUAAUUAAUUUGAAUCUUUUUGGAUAAUGAUUUUUUAACAUAUAAUUUCCUUUUAUAGUCAUACUUGGAAAUUUUAACAUGAUUUCAAGUUAUUUAAGAAGAAAAAAACUUUUGCAUCCUUAAUUUUUAGUAAGCAAAAUAGUUUUAAAAUUUCGAAGAUAAUUUAGAAAAUUAUAAUUUGAGAAUACCAACAAAAAGAAAUCUAAUCCAUCUAAAAAGGUUUUAUUUUUAAAAAAAAAAAAAAAAAUCAAUCAGCUCUUAAAAAAUAAUGGACUAAUUUAACAAAAUCUUUUUUGGAAAUGAGAGAAUAUAUUUUUGAAAUAAAAAAUAAGAGAAUGAAAACAGAAUAUUAUUGAUAAGAAAAAGGGUAGAAUUUGUUGCGUGGGAAAAUACAACCAAACCACCAAUUAUAUAAUUCCUAAUAUAAUCUAAUCUAAUCUCAUUCUAAUUUCUUUAUUUGAUUUAAUUAUUUCUCUUCUUCUUCUUCUUCUUCUUUAUUGUGCUCAAAAUCUUCAAUGUCGGACGAAGAGCAUCAUUUUGAGUCCAAGGCCGACGCCGGAGCCUCCAAGACCUUCCCUCAACAGGCCGGAACCAUCCGCAAGAAUGGCUACAUUGUCAUCAAGGGCCGUCCCUGCAAGGUAGUUGAGGUUUCAACAUCCAAGACUGGAAAGCAUGGGCAUGCUAAAUGUCACUUUGUUGCAAUCGAUAUCUUCACUGCCAAAAAACUUGAAGAUAUUGUUCCAUCAUCCCACAACUGUGAUGUUCCUGAGGUUACUCGUACCGAUUAUCAGCUUAUUGACAUAUCUGAAGAUGGAUUUGUGAGUCUCUUGACUGACAAUGGAAGCACAAAGGAUGAUUUGAGGCUUCCUACUGAUGAAAGUUUACUUGCUCAGAUUAAAGAUGGAUUUGCAGAAGGAAAGGACCUUGUUGUGAGUGUCAUGUCAGCCAUGGGAGAAGAACAAAUUUGUGGCUUGAAGGAUAUCGGCCCAAAGAACUAACUUUCUCGUCUCACGAGUCAACUUAUCUACUCCUUAGUCAUAGUUGAGAAUAUUCAUUCCUUUAUAAUUUUUUGUGUGUUUUUCAUUAUAUAUGAUUUGGAUGUUGUUUAAUAAUUUUGAACAGAUGAAUUUAGAAUUUCAGAAGUAGAAAAUAUCAGGAGCUUUAUAAAUUUUACUUGUCAA